CGCUCGCUUACGUAGUCUAGUCAAAGAAGUUCAAUUUUGCGCGGGCUAACGUUACCAGCUGUAUGUGUCAAACCAGAACUGUCUUAGGCACCUUUAAGACAUUGUCAGCGAGCUGAAAAUGCAUAAGCGAGAAGCGUUUCUACGGUCUGUCAGAAAAGAAAAUGUACUGGAGUUCCUGAACUUUAUCCAACUACAUAAGGACAAUGCAGACCCUUUUGACUUGGAGGAGGUGCUGCAGGAGCUGCCGAAGGGCCAGAGGGAGGCGCUGUGGGAGAGACUGACCAGGCUCCUGGUGGACACGCUCGCAGCGUUCCCCAUGGAGCACUGGAACAAUGGCAUGGAGAACGACAGUGAGGACGAAAUGGAAGUGGAGGAGUCUGCUGACCUGAAACAAACUAUGGCGGUUGUUGCGGGGGUGACUGCAGUGGCUACUGCCUCUGUAGCUGUGAUCCAGGAGGACGACACUUACGGUGUGCUGCUGGAAUGCGCCAACAUAUUAAACGGUAUUCUGAGCGGCCUGCCAGCCUCGGAGGUGCUGGUGCAGCAGGGGGUCCAGCAGCUGUGUGAGGCCUGGUGGGUGAAGGGGCUGGAGGGGCGGGAGGAGCUGGGCAGGACGGCCUUUCUGCUUUGCCUGGAGAAGAGCCUCAUGCUCAACAAGCCGUGGGCUGAGAUGCAGAGGCUGUGGAGCCUGCACGAGGUGCUGCUCACGCUGGACUUUGAGGCGGAGGACAGUAGAGAGGUGGCGGACCUGCUGCUGCAGUGCUUCCUCAGCGUGGCCCACAUCCGCCGUGAGGAGGGAAGGCGUUUUCUAACCUUCCUGUUCAGCUGGGAUGUGAAAUUCAUCGGCAUGAUUCACGGGACGAUUAAAAACCAGCUGCAGUUCUUUCCCAAGGUCAUCACAGAUCAUGUGGCUGAGAUAUAUUUCAGAGCGUGGAAGAAGGCCUCUGACUUGUUCCUUCAGGAGAUUGAGACGACCUGCAUCCAGGACUUCAUGCAGUAUGCAGUUCUCUUGUACAGGAAUACCCCCGUCCAUGGCAAAGUGAGACAGAUUCUGAGCUACUUUCACAAGCAGAAGCUUCGGCAGGGUGUGGACGAGAUGCUGCACAGGCUCUACAAACCCAUUCUGUGGAGAGGCCUGAAGGCCGCUAACUCAGAGGUGCGCGCCAACGCGGCCCUGCUCUUCACCGAGGCCUUCCCCGUGCAGGACCCCAGCCUCAGCAGCGAGAUGAUGGACAGCGCCAUCCAGAGACAGCUGGACACACUGUUUUCUCUUCUGGAAGACCCCCAGCCGUUGGUUCGCUCCACAGCGGUCCUGGGCGUCUGCAAAAUCCUGGCAAAGUACUGGGAGGUGAUCCCUCCCACCAUCCUGACGGACUUCCUGAAGAGGCUGGUGCUGGAGCUGGCGGCGGACGUGAACUCGGCAGACGUGCGGUGCUCCGUGUUCAAGUGCAUGACGAUCAUCCUGGACAACAACAUGUGCCACCCCUUGCUGGAGCAGCUUCUCCCGGCGCUGAAGAACAGCCUGCACGACCACUCGGAGAAGGUGCGCGUGGCCUUCGUGGACCUGCUGCUCAAGAUCAAAGCCGUCCGGGCGGCCAAGUUUUGGAAAGUGUGCUCUAUGGAGCAUCUCCUGGCCCGGCUGGCGAUCGACUCGAACCCCGUCUCCAAGCGCAUCACCAGCCUCCUUUUCAACUCCUUCUUCCCCGUCAACCAAUCGGAAGAGGUGUGGUGCGAGCGGUGUGUGACGCUCAUUCAGAUGAACCCCACGGCAGCCAGGAAGUUUUACCAGCAUGCGCACGCCUACACGGCCCCGACCAACAUAGCCAAGCUGAUGUUGACGAUCCGGCGCUGCCUCAACGCCUGCAUUCAGAGGAACGGGCAGGAGGACCUGAACGAGACUGAGAGCAGCAACAAGGAGAACACCAGCGUGCUGGAGGACAUCCUCAGCCUGCAGGACACAGCCACCAUGGCCAGCCUGCUGGAGGUGGUGGUCAUACUCUGGAGGAGCAUCCGCAGGUCCCUGGAGCUCAACCAGGAGGCCCUGCAGUACACAACCGCCAAGUUCGCGGGGGUGCUACCCGAGUACUUCCGUGUCUUUCAGGAGGAGCGCUGCACCGUCCCUCUCAUCCUCAUUGCCUCCUUCAUCCCCGCCGCCGCCGUCCCCACCUUCAGCUGCGGGGUGCUGUCGAAGCUGCGCAGGCUGGAGGCCGGGGCGGCCGCGUCCCAGUACAGCACGCUCAUAGACUGCCUGUGCAGCUGGGGGCAGGUGUCCCACAUCACCGAGGUCAUCGGCGAGUGGCUGAGCGAGGGCCUGCCACGCAAAACGCAGGGGAAGAGGGACUCUGACCGCAGAGUCCGCAUCCAGGAGACCGUGGAUGCGAAGCCAGACCUGGGCCUGGAGUACCUGGAGUACCUGCUGACCAGCACCUCCAAACGGGACUGCCUCCUCGCCCUCAAGCAGACCCAGCUCAACCACCUGCUCAAGUCCCUCUCCUCCUGGAAGUCCGCGCUCUACCUCUGCCUGAGCUCCUCGGACAUCGCAGGCGGCCAGGCCCAGGCAGAGACCGCGCUGCGAGCGUUCAGCCUGCACGGUCGACUGAGCGCCCAUCUCCAGCACAAGUUCUCGGAGGGCAGGGACUACUUCCUGGGCCUGGAGAACUCUGCAGCAUGGGUGGCAGAGAGGGCCCUCCCCUUCAUGGUCGCCCCUGACGACGGGAGCGUGUCCCAGCAGCAGCUGGCGCUGGCCAAGCGUGCCGUGGAGACGUGCCUGGCCGUGUGCAGAGACAUGGUGAUGGUGGGACUUGCGGACGAGGAGUUCAAAGGGCAGGUCCUUCACCUGUGUUCGGUGGUGCUGCUGUCAGAGAAGGGCUACCAGUGCCUGCCACAGCUGCUGUCUGUGCUGAAGGAGGUGGCUGAAGACUGCCUGGCCCAGUCUGCCCAGACCCCGAGCGACCAGCUCAGCGUCCUCCUCAGCGUCGUCGCUAACGUCUUCCAGAAGGUUCUGGAGACCGUGGCGCGGACACUGCGCAAGCAGCCAGAAGAGGGCCUGCUGCUUUGCCAUUCAACUAUGGCAGUUCUGGGAGACUUCCUCAAUGUCAUCCAGGACUGGAAAACGGCCAAUUCAGAGGCCAUACACGGGGUCUUUUCAACACUCUUUGCUGCCGUCAUUGUGGAAAUACGGCACUCUUUUCGCAAGGUCUCGUGUGCGGAGGAGGUGACGACACCGGAGACCGUCCAAGACCUCCCCCCGCUGUCCAGCAGCUUGCUGGCGGUCGUUCUCAAAUCCCCCCAGGUCGCCAGGUCAUUUCUGGCUGAAAUCAGUUCAUCUGUGGAAUCGGAAGCAAUUGACGGAAUAACUGGACUGGCUGCAAUCUUGCACAUUUUGGCAGUGGUGCGACAAACAGGCAAAUUGAAAUCUGAUCUGAAAAGCAUAGCUGUGCCAAUGCAGAGGCAGCUGCAGAAACACUACUCCAUCACAGCUGAGGAUAGCGGGAGUAUUGAGCGAGUCAUUUAUGAGUCCGCUGUCAGGAUGGUGAAUGAGAUUUUGAUGCCGUGAUGGGGGGGCGCCCCACACCCCUCGCACCUAGUGCCAGAGGAAUGGAAAUGUGUGGACCUGCGAUCAAUAAGUUAUUUUGUGUACUUAACCAAAUAUAUUUUGCCCAGACUGUAUUAAUACAUUGAGAAUAAAAAGGCCUGCAUAUGUU